UCGCAGGAGAAUUUAGAAUUUGAUAUCGUGAUGCAUAUCAUAUCAACAAUGAGAAGGUUUUUCACCCUCUUGAUGUCGUUCAUACCAAUCGCCAUAUGCUACGUCAUUGCUACAGUUCCUGCUAAUUCCUCUGCGUCUCACGCUUUACAUGCCAUUGACUUUAUCUUCCCUAUACUAAAGGUAUUUAACUUAAAGCAUACCGGACCUGAGGACGUGUCAUUUCAUAUUUCUCCGGCAUCAGGCAGACGCGUCAGAUCGCCUGCGCAACAUUCAAGGCUUUUAUGGGGGGAUAAAAUCAGCGCCUAUUCUCAGGGUUAACUUCCUUAGAUUCCUUCAUGACAGACCCGCAAGCUCUCUAUGCGCUGUGUGAAGUGCCUACUGUUGUAGGCGAACCAGGCGACUACGCAGAGUCCUUCUAUUGGGACAUGGCUGUCACGCAUAACUGCUACCUCAGAGGAUUUAAUUCAGCCUAUAUCAACGCCCCGAAGGUGACUCCUGCAGAUGAGGCAUCAUUCAUGGGUUAUUGUCUUGUGGUAAGCGCACGUAUUUUAUCUCCUAUUCAGUGAUGUUAACUGUUCGUAGAUGACUCGAGCGCUUAAAGAGC